GGACGAGUGUGUUCAGGUCACCGAGGGCACCAAGACCAGGGAGAGACACCUGUUCCUCUUUAGCGAUGUCAUCGUCUUCACCAAACUCAAGUCAAGUGCCAGCUAUCGUCUGAAGUACAGCGUGAGCCUUGAGGACAUCUGGCUUUACGGUUUCGAAGAUGAAGCGGAGGAAGAAGAGGGAACAACGGGGGAUAUCGACCUGAGAGCGACCCUCGUCUUGGCCUGGGCUCUCACUUGUUGUCUGGUGUGUUUUCGCUCGUCUGAGGUGAAAGAACGCUGGUUAGAUACUCUUCACAGAACAAUUAAAGACGCAAAAGCGAGGGCUGGUUGCGCUUUUUCACCUCCAGACGUCCUGAUGAAGGUUUUGAGUGGCAGCAUCGCAACUAAAACUCUAACAGGAGGUGGCAUGGAACAAUUCAUUGAGUUUCCACUUGAUGGUGACACAAAGAUCGCUGCUCUGCCAAAACAGUUGAAUAACCAAGAGGACAAGCUGACACAGUCCGCUGAAACCAAGUGGAACCAAGUGGUGAGGAAGCUCAGGAAGGGCUCUAGUUUCAUCAACAAAACAGGCCGAACAGAAACAGACACCAAGACUCAGCUGUUUGGACAGCCCCUUUGCAAGAUAUGCCCAGACGACUCGCUUCCCAAACCAGUCACAGAGAUGCUGGUGCUGCUGAGGAAGAGAGGCCCUUCCACAGAGGGAGUGUUUCGGAAGCCGUGCAGCAACAAGAACAUGAAGGACAUCAGAGAGCAGCUCAACCGAGGCCUGGAGGUGGACAUGGAGGGCCAGCCGGUUGUUCUGCUCGUCGGCCUUCUAAAAAGUUUUCUGAAGGAAAUACCUGGCAGCCUGCUGGUAUCUGAACUUUACGACAACUGGAUGACGGCUCUGGACAACGAGGACACUCAGCAGAGAGCUCUGGAGAUCGGGAAGGUGGUAGAUGAACUCCCAGGGCACAACAAACUCCUGCUGCGGCAUCUAGUCUGUGUCCUCCAUCACAUCCUCGUGAGGGCUAACAUCAACAAGAUGGACGCCCACAACCUGGCGGUGUGUAUCGCCCCCACGCUGCUGCAGCUGGACGGCACCCCGCUGGAUGAGCAGAAGGAAAAGAUGAAGAAGGUCACAGAGCUAACUGAGUUCCUGAUUAAGCACUCCGAGAUACUUGGAGAGAAUAUCCAAAAUCUGCUGGGUAGUGAUGAAGACUCCGUGUCCUCCCAACAUCAUGACUCUGCAUAUGACAGCACCGACCAAGAUGGAGAUGGAGAGGUGGGGGAGAGUGCCAGCUCCAGCCGUGGAGGGUCUGGCUCAUCUUCUUCUCUCAGUCCCUGCACCACCAGCUCUACUUGGGCAUCUGAUGGUAUCUUCGACCAAAAGACACCAUUCAACCGUCGCUGCUCUGAGCCCAUCAUCCUCCUCUCACCUGAUCUUGACAACCUGUGUGGCCAUGCCAGGAGCCAUGAGGACUGCUCAUUGGAGAGGACAGACUUUGAGGAUCAGCCUCUAAAAAAGCAGAUCUCCAAUGACUCCUUCUUGCUCAGGCGACGAGGGGGACCCGAGCCAGUUCUGUCUUUUCGGAGUAGCAGUUCCAGCAAGGAUCAGUUUGUCUACAUAGCAGGUAAUCAUGUCAAGGACUGCUCAAGCUCCUCCCUUGAGAGCGCUGCCUCAAACCAAUCAGAGGGCUCUGUUUUCACCAGUUCCCCAGUGGGGUCACCAGCCUGCCCCAGAAGAGCAAAUAACACCAAGCAGCCUUCAGUGGCCGCAAAGGCUAAACAGGACAAUGCCAAGUCGAUUUCAGGUGAGAAGAGGCGUUCACAGUCCAUGAAAGUGGCCAGUAAAGUCCUAAUGAGGACCAGGAGUUUAGGAACCUUCAACAGGAGCAGCCUGAAGAAAGACACUCAGAAGGAAAACUCCUUCCCUUGUGAAACGCUCCAGGAGGACUCUCAGAGUGAAGCAGAUCCACCAGCUGAGCUUCUGCACAAACCACGCCAGUCAGCCAUUAAGAUGUUUAAGCAGAUGGACAGCAGGCUGCCCUGCAGUCCCCCAUCAUACGAGCAGGCGGUGCAGAAUGUGGGUCUCCCUACACAGUAUAGAGCAAUGACAGUACAAGACGCCAUAGAGCUGGAGAGGAAGUCACGCCCAUCCUCUGUAAAUUAUGAUUUCCCACCUACCGGCUCUGUCAACCAGUACAUAGACUGUUUCGCUCAAGCAGCACAGGACAAAGACAAUGUUGUCAAGUGGCAGAAGCGUUUCCGCCCGAGAGCCAUGUCUGAGUCUGUGUCUGCAGGCCGUCAUGAGGUUGUGUCACGGAGAUGUAGUCAGCCGGUGUUUGAGGAAUUUUCUUACGCCAAGGAGUCUUAUGUUUGAUUUACAUACGUUUUUAGUUAUACAGACAUUUUCUUUAAGGCAGAACUGCAAGUGAGCAACCCAGCAACCUUCUUCUUUGUUUUAUUCCUUCAGGGGCACAUCUUGCAUGGACUUAGAAGGUUAGGCAGGCUGACUUUCUAACCUAGACAACUUAUUGUGUUUAAUAACAAAAAUGCGUAGCUUUAUAACGGCAGCUACUUUCUACCCUAGUCCUUACCUUUUCUCUGUUCUUUGGUUGGUUGGACAGAGAAACUGUGUUUUAAGGCCCUGCCCGCUGAGCAACUCUUUGUCAGAGCAGUGUUUGUAUAAAAAAUGUCCAAUCUAUUAAUUUUUCACUGUUUCACUUUGAAUGAAUGUCAGCUAUAUGCCGCCUCUAUGGUGCAAUGUCUACGUAGUACUAUUUAGAGUACAAACAUUAAAAUGUAUGUUUAAUGAUAGAUAUUUAGUCUAUCACAGUGAAGCUAUGAAAACACAGUUUGCUGUGGAUAAAAUAUGCUAAGACUUUCUAUGUUUUAUUGAUAUAGUGAUAUGUACAGUAUAGCAUGUUGCACACAAUGCUAUUUUUUUUUUUUCCUCUUCACCUUGCAGGGUCUCCUUCUUUCACUACAUUAAAGCACUUUUCUGAUAAUGACCUAUGCUUUGUAAAUAGAGUCAAAUAGAUAUAGUUUGGUAACCUUUGCAAAGGGGUCUUCCAGAGCAUAAAUGGUUUUAGUUAACCGCAUAAGAAAAUUGAAGAAAAACAAAUCAAUAAA